AUGAGGAACCACACGGAGCUGACUGAGUUCAUCCUGCUGGGAAUUCCACAGACCCAGGGAGUGGAGAUGGUGCUCUUUCUCCUCUUCUUGGCCAUUUAUGUCUUUUCCCUACUUGGAAACUUGCUCAUUUUGACAGCAAUCGUUUCCUCCUCUGUCCUUCACACCCCCAUGUACUUCUUCUUAGGGCUCCUGGCCAUUUACGACAUAGUAUUACCAGCUGUAACCUGCCCCAAGAUGCUGUUCUAUCUCUCUGGCCAGAGCCGGGCCAUUUCUUACACGGGCUGUGCCACUCAGCUCUUCUUCUACCACUUACUGGGCUCUUCUGAAGCCUGUCUCUAUUCUGUGAUGUCCUAUGAUCGCUUUGUGGCCAUCUGUUACCCCCUGAGGUAUUCACUCAUCAUGAGACCCGGAGUCUGUGUGGGUCUGGUCAUAGCAGCCUGGACACUGGGCUGUGUUCAUGCUUCCACUGUAACCUCCUUCACUUUUAGUCUGACCUAUUGUGGCCCAAAUCAGGUGGAUUUCUUCUUCUGUGACAUCCCUGCUGUCUUGCCUCUUGCCUCUGAUGACACCUCACUGGCCCAGACAGUGGGUUCCACAGCUGUUGGCUUUCUGGCUUUGCUGUUUUGGUGCACUAUUUGUCUCUCCUACAUGCGCAUAGGGAUUGCCAUUUUGAGAAUCCGCUCUGCAGAGGGCAGGAAGAAAGCCUUUUCCACUUGCAGUGCCCACCUUGCUGCUGUCCUCUGUUAUGUUGGGCCCGUAAUCAUCAUUUAUCUGCAGUCCACACCCAACCCCUUGCUUGAUGCUAUAGUGCAGAUACUAACUAAUAUUGGUUCCCCCAUGCUGAACUCACUGAUCUUUUCCUUAAGAAACAAAGAAGUAAAGAGUUCCCUGAAAAGAGUGUUUCACACUGUAAUAUUUACUUCUCAAGAAUAA